UUCAGUUAUGAUAGCCAUAACUCAGUAAAUUAACAGGCUGAAAUAUGUUCACCAUUUCCAAGAAAGGGAGUUGGUACUUCUUUCAACACAUCCAGAAUGAUUUUUAUUGACAUGAUGCCAGCAGCGUGCAGUGAAAUUGUUGGAGAUAUUGAGGAUCUCAUUUCUUCUCAAGAUAUAACUCCAAAAGAGCGUUAUAGCAACAAGAAAUCAGUUACCGUCCGAGCAAGAAAGAAACAAAAUGCGCAAGUUAAACAUGAAUCAGAAGUAGAGACGUACACUGCACCAGCCAGUAUCAUCCCAGGAACACAGACAAUUUAUAUAAAAACCUGGGGCUGUGCUCACAACAGCUCAGAUAGCGAAUAUAUGGCAGGACUCCUAACAGCAUACGGCUAUACUUUAACAGACAAUAAAUUAGAUGCAGACCUGUGGCUUCUGAACAGCUGUACUGUUAAAAACCCUGCAGAGGAUCAUUUCAGGAAUGAAGUGGAAGCAGGACAGAGAAAGGGAAAGGCAGUGGUUGUUGCAGGUUGUGUUCCUCAAGGAGCACCAAAAACUGGUUUCCUACAUGGAUUGAGUGUAAUUGGGGUACAGCAGAUUGACCGAGUUGUUGAAGUGGUUGAAGAGACUCUUAAAGGUCAUACUGUAAGACUCUUUGGACAGAAAAAGGAAGGGGGAAGAAAGACUGGAGGAGCAUCAUUACUCCUGCCUAAAGUUCGUAAGAAUCCACUCAUUGAAAUUAUUCCAAUCAACACUGGCUGCCUGAAUCAGUGCACAUACUGCAAAACAAAGCAUGCGAGAGGUGACCUUGGGAGCUAUCCUCCAGAUGAGAUUGUUUUUCGAGCCCAGCAAUCUUUUAAGGAAGGAGUAUGUGAGCUGUGGCUGACAUCUGAAGACACUGGCACAUAUGGCCGAGACAUUGACACCAAUCUACCAGAGCUCCUCUGGAAGCUAGUGGAGAUUAUACCCUGUGGCUGCAUGAUGCGAGUUGGCAUGACUAAUCCUCCUUAUAUUCUGGAGCACUUAGAGGAAAUGGCAAAGAUAUUGUCACAUCCAAGAGUCUAUAGUUUCCUACACAUCCCAGUGCAGUCUGGAAGUGAUGCAGUGCUUGGGGACAUGAAGAGAGAAUACAACAGGGCAGAUUUCCAGAAAGUUGUUGAUUACUUGCGUGAAAGAGUUCCUGGUAUCACCAUUGCUACAGAUAUUAUUUGUGGGUUUCCAACAGAGACAGAAGAAGAUUUCCAAGAUACCAUGAGUCUUUGUAAGCAAUACAGAUUUCCAAGUUUAUUCAUCAACCAGUUCUACCCACGGCCAGGAACCCCUGCUGCACGAAUGCCCAGACUUCCUGCACAAGAGGUGAAGAAGAGGACAAGACAGUUGUCAGAGUUUUUCCAGUCUUACCAACCUUACAGUCACAAAAUUGGAGAGGUGCAGGAUGUAUUGGUGACUGAAGUGUCGCAUGACAGGAAACAUUAUGUUGGCCAUAACAAAUUUUAUGAACAGGUGCUGCUGCCAAAACAUGGAGAACUAGUGGGAAAAAUGGUGGCUGUUAAGAUUGUAUCUUGCAGCAAGUAUUCUAUGAAUGGUGAGCCAUUACAAAAGGGAUCAUCAAGGCUAUCUUAUGAUCUUACCUCUCCACUAUCUUGGGGCAAGGUGUCUGGGAUAGAAGCUGCUCCUACAUCUCAUCAUCUCAUUCCCUAA